AAAGUUCAUGGCCCAUUCUAAAAACUGUUGAAGUAAUUCGACAAUCCGUGAGGUUAGAUGAGAAAUAUUUUACUACAAAUAGGAAUUGUUUUACCAAAAUGUUAAAAUCCAUAGUUAAUAGACAAGCAAGAAGUCCAAAUAAUGUACAAUAUGUUUAUUCUUUGUAUGAACGAAA